AUGACGAUACUUUCUCAGUUUACCAUGCUAAACAAUCUCAAGCCAUACAAGAAUUCAUGGUGUAUUCGAGCUAAAAUACUGCAUACUUGGACACAUUACGACAAGGAUGUUGGUAUGUCUUUUGAGAUGGUUCUCUCGGAUCAAGAUAUUCAAGCAGCGGUGAAGAAAGAGGAUGUUUCGAAAUUUAAGAAACAUCUCACUAAAGGGGAUUGGAAAGUCAUUGAUGAAUUUUCUGUCACUAAGUUGGUGAACGUGAGAGACAUAGAGUUUCUUGAUGUCUCUGGAACCCCCAGGAAAAAGAUUGAUUUCCAAUUACGAGAUGUUGAGAAUAACUACCUCAACUGUACUCUUUGGGGAAAAUGGGCCGACCAAGUGAAAGAGUUAUCUAAAGAAAACAUUGGUGGGAUGGUCAUUUGUUUAAUUCGAUGGGGCAAAAUAGUAGAGUAUAAAGGUGUGAGGAGUUUGACCACUUCUUUUGAUGCAUCUGAUGUAUGGUUUAACCCUGACAUACCAGAGGCAGUGGAUUUCAAAAAUUUGUUACCUUCGGAUGGUCUUGCCUUAUCCAUGUUGGGACCUAAACCGAAAUUUAAUUCCCGGAAAAUAACUGAUGCAAUGGCAAAUCUGCUUCCGUGGAGAACUAUAUCAGAGCUUCGUGACUCUUAUGAGCCUGAAAAUGUUCGCAUCAUGUGCUCAAUCCUGGGAUUUGACACUGACUGGUCAUGGUAUUACUACGGUCAUGUUAGUUGCAAAAAAAGACAAGAGGUCAUUGAAGUUGUUUUAAGAUACUGGCUACAUUUGCUAAUAAAGGACAGCACAGGUGAGGCGAAGAUAUUCUUAUUUGAUAGUACUCCACAGGAAAUCAUUGGGCAAGAAGUAUCUGAAGUAAUGGAAAGCUGCGGUCCUGAGAUUCAAGACCCAUGCUAUCUACCUGCUGUGCUUACUAAACUUAUAGGGCAAAAACAUCAAUUUGUCAUCUCAAUCGCGAAAGACAAUAUAACUGGAAGUAAUGAUGAGUACAAGGUAGAAGAAGUGCUACCAAUUCACAACUUGAAUGAUGAUUCAUGUGCUAUCCAUUCACAAGGCCCUAUGGAACUAUCUACAGCCAGUUCUACAGACCAGGUUUUAAUGCUUACUAAUAGUUCCGAGAAAUCAGACUGCACAAUGAAUUUGGUGUCUACUCCCUCAUCUAAACGAAAGGAAGAUUCAGGUGACGGAUCAAAUCAGUCAUCCACAAACCAAAACAAAUGCAAGGGAGUUGUGGACGAAGAGAUUAUAGAUCUUGAACAGAAGGCUGUUGAUGGUGAUGAAAGAGUAUAUUUAAGCUCAGACAGUAUUGAUCCUUCCGACAAGAGUUCUACAAACAAUCCAGUUUACUCUCCAGAUUUGUUUAAUGGUAUAAAAGUUUAUGGGUUGCCUAACCAUUGUUUGCGACUAAAAAUAGGUUGUCCGGUAAUGUUGAUUAGGAACAUUGACACAUCUAAAGGGCUAUGCAAUGGAACAAGGCUACAGAUCACUCAAAUGGCAUAUCAUGUGAUUGAAGCUAGGGUUAUUACAGGUAAUAGAGUUGGAAAGAUAGUUCUUAUUCCUAGGAUGCUAAUCACGCCAUCAGAUGCCAGAUUGCCAUUUAAAAUGAGGCGUAGGCAAUUUCCUUUAGCUGCAACUUUUGCUAUGACUAUCAACAAGAGUCAAAGGCAGACACUACAACAUGUGGGAAUUUUUCUACCUAGACCAGUUUUCUCACAUGGUCAAUUGUAUGUCGCCAUGUCUAGAGUUCAAAGUAAAACUGGUUUGAAGAUUCUCAUUACCGACAUAGAAGGACGACCACAACAAACAACAAAAAAUGUUGUUUUUAAAGAAGUCUUCCAAAAACUUUACUAG